GUUUCCAGGUGUGUGCACAUCACCUGCCCGGCCCUAUAAAAAGGCGGCGGCGGCGGCGGCGCUGCCACUCGGCCGCCUCAUCCCCGGGGCUGCGCUUCCCGAGGGCCCCCAAACCCUGCCGUGCUCCCUGCCCCAAAUCUGAGCCUGUUCCCUGCCCCCCUUGCCCCCCAAAAUUUGGCGUGGUCCCUCGACACCUGGCUGAUGGGCUGGCUGGCUGUCCUGGCCGUGCUGGCGGCGCUGGGGCACUGCCGGGGGCUGCGGCGCGCCGGGAGCGCCUCCGCUCACUCCGCCGUGCGCUGCUACAGCGGGGCCGAGCUGGGGGACGAGGCUCCCGCCCAGCUCCUGGGCCGCAGCCUGCGCUGGGACCGGCACGUCUCGGUGCAGCUGGUGCCGCAGCUGGAGCGGCUGGAGGCGGCCGGGGCCCGGCGGCGGCGGCGGCAGCGCCCGCCCGCCUGCCCCGCGCUGUCGCUGCGCGCCGGGCUCCGCGGCGAGCCCCACGAGCGCUCCAUCUCGCCGUGGCGCUACCGCAUCGACGAGGACGAGAACCGCUACCCGCGCAAGCUGGCCUUCGCCGAGUGCCUGUGCAGCGGCUGCGUGGACGUGAAAACCGGCCGGGAGACCACGUCGCUCAACUCGGUGACCAUCCACCAGACCAUGCUGGUGCUGCGGCGCAAGCCGUGCCCGCGGCCCGCGGGGCUGGGGCUGGUGGCGCUGGAAGUGGAUUACAUCCGAGUGCCCGUGGGCUGCACCUGCGUCCUGCCCCGCACGGCGCGCUGAGCCCGCCCCGGUGACCGUGUCACCCCGCCCGUGCUUGUUUUAGAGCACCCGAGCCCUCCAGGGUGUCCCCUCCCUGGUUAUUUAUCAGUUAUUUAUAAGCCUUGCUGCCGGGGGGCUUUUUGUACCCUCUAUUUAUUGCUGACCCCCCCCAGCCACGGCGGUGACUCCAGGGCCAGCAUCGCCCCUCGGCCAGACCCUGUGAGUGCUGCACUCACUGGUUAUUUAUUCCCCCAAAAAGGUAUUUAUUGUCUCCCUCCCAGUGCUAUUUAAUGCUGCAAAUAAAAGGCAACAGCUCCUGGCA